AUUGACUGAUGUGUUUAGUCUACAAUUAAUUGAAUUUCAGAUUAAAUGGUAAUAAUGGAUACAAAUAACGGUAAUCAUGUGUCGCCAUUGAUGUGGAGUCCGGGUAUGUUUGGGACGACCAAAAUGGAUGUGUUUCGGGAAAUGAUUAAUAAAAAGUUUGGCAUCAAAUUGACCACAUAUUCGGAUCUCUAUAACUGGUCAGUCGAUAACUAUUCAGACUUUUGGGAACAGUUCUGGAGUUUUGCGAAUAUAAUCCAUUCGAGUCAAUACGAGACUGUUGUGGACAAAACUAAGACAAUCGAUGAAAUCCCCGAAUGGUUUGUCGGCUCUAAACUUAAUUAUACUCGAAAUAUAUUGGAGAGACGCGAAAACAGUGACCCAAACAAAGUAGCCCUCUAUGUAGUCAACGAGUAUAACACAGAUAUACAAAAAGUGACUUUCGGUCAAAUGAAGGCCCGAAUCACAUCAUUAGUGUCUGCGUUGAAAAAGUGUGGCAUAACAGCUGGCGAUAGAGUUGUCGGUUAUUUACCAAAUGGCAGGGAAGCUGUGGAGGCAUUUCUGGCCACUUCAGCUAUUGGUGCCAUUUGGAGCUCUACCUCACCUGACUUUGGCAUUUCUGGAGUUUUGGAAAGAUUACGACAAAUAAAACCUAAAUUACUCUUUUCGGUCGACUGUGUUGUAUAUAACGGCAAACGUCACAACCAUUUGGAAAAGUUGACACAACUCAUGAAUUCACUUCCUUCCCUAAAACGUGUCGUUAUAUCUCCCAUACAAUUAUCCGAUAAUAACAAUAACCACUUAAACGAUGUAUUGAAAGCACCGGAAUGUUGUACUUUAGACCAGUUUUUAGCCGAAGCCGAACCCCAAAAAACAAUUGAUUACAUCGAUGUCCCGUUUAGUCAUCCGCUAUGUAUUCUGUUUAGUUCGGGAACCACUGGUGAUCCCAAAUGUUUGGUCCAUUCCGUUGGAGUGAGUUUUUCCCCAUUAGUAUAA